AUGUCUACGGAACGACGCAUCAAAUCGCUCAAACUACGGCAGCGUAGUAUCCAGACGUCCUUCGAUCUCAUCAAGGCGUUCGUGAAUUCUUACGAGGACGAUACUGACGCCAGCCAAGUUCCGGUACGAUUAGAGCAUCUUGUAUCGCUCUGGUCAGACUUCAACAAGGUACAAACGGAGCUUGAAUCACUCGAUGAAGUCGGUAUUGAACAGCAGUUCAAGUAUCGCACUAGCUUUGAAUCGUCCUACUACAAAGUAAAGGGCUUUUUGCUCACCAUUAAUAAAACACCCGUUACACCAUGCGUCGCUUCUAGUUCUCCUUAUGCUGGUCAUUUCCCUCCAUCGGCAUCGCACGUGCGCUUGCCCGAUGUAAAGCUCCCUGUGUUCAAUGGAAACUUAGACAAUUGGCUCAACUUCCACGAUUUGUAUUUGUCACUUGUCCACUCAUCGGCAGAACUAUCGAACAUACAAAAAUUCUACUACUUGCGCUCGUCCCUGACUGGGGACGCUUUAAAAUUGGUUCAAACAAUACCCAUUAGUGCCAACAAUUAUGCGGUAGCCUGGAACAUGCUAGUGGACCACUACCAGAACCCAGCGAGGCUGAAGCAGACCUAUGUGGAUGCCCUGUUUGACUUUGCCACCAUCAAGCGAGAAUCUGCUUCGGACCUACAUUCGCUCGUGGAGAAGUUUGAAGCCAACGUCAAGGUGUUGCAGCAGUUGGGCGAGCAAACGCAAUAUUGGGACAUCAUUCUUAUUCGCAUGCUCAGUAUACGACUGGACUCAACAACACGGAGAGACUGGGAAGAAUACGCGUCAACUAAGGACACAAUAUCAUUCAACGACCUCACAGCUUUCAUUCAGCGUCGCGUGACUGUGCUGCAAAAUAUUCACCCCAAAGCCGUCGAAGCACCGGCAGUAACUAGUAAUGUGAAAAGGCCAAACUUUCGUCCAGUUGCUAGUAACGGAGCUAGUCAGUUUAAUCCCCGAAAGUGUGUCAUGUGCAGUGAGCAUCACCCGUUAUACCAGUGUUCAACAUUCUCAAAGAUGCCCUUAGAAGACAAGGAGAGGGGACACUUAGCCAAAGAUUGUUCGUCAUCUAGUACGUGUCGCAAAUGUCAAGGUCACCAUCAUACUCAAUUGUGUGCUAGUGGGGUUAAUCAUGGGAAGUCAAUAGAUUCGUCUGCCUCCAAACAAUCAUCUUUGCAAUUGCCCGAACAGCAAUCAGCACCGUCAAUAUCAGCCACUGUCGUCGAACGUGUCAACUACUCGACAUCGAGCCACGGGCGGCAAUGCGUUCUUUUAGCUACUGCCGUCGUUAUCUUAGUAGACGACAACGGAAACCAGCACACUGCAAGGGCACUUUUAGACUCCGGUAGUGAGUGCUGCUUUAUUAGUGAGGCUCUCGCCCAAACACUCAAAGUUCAGCGGAAAAAGAUAUCACUCCCGAUCGCGGGAAUCGGGCAAUCAUCCACUCAGGCCCGCCAGAAAUUUGCAACAACAGUACGGUCACGCAUCAGCAAUUACACUGCUAAUUUAGAGUUUCUAGUCCUCCCAAGGCUCACUGUAGACUUACCAACAGCUUCUGUUGACAUCACAUCUUGGCGAAUCCCGCCUGAAAUUCAAUUAGCAGAUCCAUCAUUUUGUAAGGCCAAUCCAGUCGACCUCAUCCUAGGCGUCGAAGUCUUUUUUGAUCUCUUCAAGGUGUCAGGCAGAAUUCCAUUAGGCGACUCGAUGCCAGUGCUUGUAAACUCGGUACUUGGCUGGAUAGUAGCGGGAAAGACCACGCACUGCAAGCCCAUCACUCCCGUCGUGGCGAACGUAGCUACAAUUUCUGAUAUGCAUAAAUUGAUGGAAAAAUUUUGGACAUUGGGGGAAGGUCAUUCGUCUCCCUGCUAUUCGGUAGAAGAAGCGGAAUGCGAGGAACAUUUCCGUCAAACCGUCUCUCGUGCGCCAGAAGGACGGUACAUCGUCAGACUCCCACUAAAACGGGACACACUAGCCAAUUUAAGCGAUAAUCGCGGCACUGCUAUCAGACGGUUCCAUUUGUUAGAACGUCGGUUAGCACGUAACGAAGAGUUAAGUCAAAGGUAUAGCGAAUUUAUGGACGAAUACUAUACUCUCGGACACAUGGAACGUGUCGACAACCCGCAAGCAAUAACUAAACCGUGUUUUCACCUCCCCCAUCAUGCCGUGGUACGUGAGAGCAGCUCAACAACAAAAGUGCGAGUCGUCUUCGACGCUUCGUGCAAGUCAACCAGUGGACCAUCUUUAAAUGACGCUCUGAUGAUAGGUCCAAUUGUGCAAGAUGAGUUAAGGUCCAUCAUCAUGCGUUCUCGGAAGCAUUCUGUAAUGCUCAUCGCAGACAUUAAGCAAAUGUAUCGGCAAAUUCUGCUGCACGAGCAGGACACUCCUCUGCAACGAAUUGUUUGGCGAAAUUCAACUGACGCACCCAUCGACACAUUUGAACUCAAAACCGUUACUUACGGAACGGCCAGCGCCCCUUUCUUAGCUACACGAGUGUUAAAACAACUAGCCGAAGACGAACGAACUAAUUUCCCUGAAGCAACUGCUGUACUCGAAAAAGACUUUUACGUAGACGACUUGUUCACUGGCGCGCGAAACGUUAAUGAAGCUACAACACUACGGAAGCAUCUAGAAAUUCUCCUAGCGAAGGGCGGAUUCGAGUUGCGUAAAUGGGCAUCGAACGAAGAAGCUGUUCUAGAAGGCAUCCCGAAUGAAAAUCGCGCGCUCCAGCCAUCCGUCGAUUUCCAUCGUGAUCAAUGCAUCAAAACACUUGGCUUGCAUUGGGAACCGGCUUCAGAUGUACUGCGAUACAGAAUCCAACUACCCAGUUCAGAUACAAUCACCUCACUCACCAAACGAAUUGCACUCUCACAAAUUGCUCAACUAUUCGACCCACUUGGAUUGGUGGGUCCGGUUGUUACAACGGCUAAACUUUACAUGCAAGCACUAUGGACGAUGAAGGACGAAAAUGGACACUCCUGGGGAUGGGAUCAAGUACUCCCGAAAGCGAUGAUAGAACGUUGGAUUGCCUACCAAUCUCAACUUCCCCUUCUGAACGAGCUGAGCAUCGAACGCUGCGUGCUGUGCCCAAAUCCAACAACGAUUCAACUACAUUUGUUUUCUGAUGCUUCGGAACGUGCCUACGGGGCAUGUGUGUAUGUACGGUCAACAAAUUCAGCAGGCACCGUCAAGGUCGCCCUGCUAACAACUAAAUCAAAGGUUGCACCACUCAAGCAACAAACCAUCCCACGAUUGGAACUGUGUGGGGCCUUACUAGCAGCACAACUUUAUGAAAGGGUCGUCGAAUCUCUACAACUACCAGUCCAAACAUUCUUCUGGGUGGACUCAACUACGGUACUUAGCUGGCUCAAAUCACCACCCACAACUUGGACCACCUUCGUAGCAAACCGUGUUUCCAAAAUUCAACAAGCAACGGUGAAUUGUACCUGGCGACACGUAGCAGGCAAGGAAAAUCCUGCCGACCAUCUAUCACGAGGAAUGACAGCAGAGACACUCCUAGAAUGUGUCAACUGGUGGCAGGGAACAACCUGGUUGCACCUUGAUGACAACGAAUGGCCCAUACAAUGUCCAUUUGCAAUCGAGGAUCCUGAAGCAUCCAUUGAGGCGCGCAAAGUAAGUUGCACAGUAGCACCGGUGGAACCCGAACCAUCCUUCAUCGACCAGCUCGUCAGUAGAUUCUCCCAAUAUCAACGAAUGCUGCGGAUCGUCGCAUAUUGUCUUAGAUUUCCUAGAAACUGCCAACUCGCAAAGGAAAAUCGACCAGAGAACACCUGCGUUACUGUAAACGAAACACAAGAAGCAGAAACAAUUUUAAUUAGACUCGUUCAGCAGCAAUCAUUUGUGGAAGAAUGGCGGUUAAUCGAAAAAUCAAUGCCAGUUUCCACGAAAUCACGAAUCAAAUGGUUUCAUCCCAUGCUAUCAUCCCCUGAGCGCCUGAUGCGCAUUGGAGGAAGGAUAAAUCAAUCCCAGCAACCCUACGACGCGAAACAUCAAAUCAUCCUACCGUCAUCUCAUCAUUUGUCAACUCUACUGGUAAGAAGUUAUCAUGAGCGACACCUUCAUGCCGCUCCCCAGCUGCUAGUCAGCAUUCUACGUCUCCGGUAUUGGAUUAUAGGAGCCAGGAACUUGGCACGCAAAAUUGUCCACAAGUGUGUUGUUUGUGUCAGAGCUCGUCCAAAACUAAUCGAACAGUUCAUGGCUGAACUACCAGCGAAACGCAUCAUCGCCUCUCGACCGUUUUCAGCAACUGGUGUUGACUACUGGGGUCCGAUACUGUUACAGCCACCUCACCGUCGAGCCGCUGCGCGGAAGGCCUACGUAGCCGUUUUUAUAUGUUUUUGCACAAAGGCUGUGCACCUGGAACUGGUGGCAGACCUCAGCACUCAAAAUUUCAUACAAGCACUUAGACGUUUCGUUGCUCGUCGUGGAUUGUGUUCCAACCUAUACAGCGACAAUGGUAGAAAUUUUGUUGGAGCUGCUAACGAACUAAAAACUCUCAUUCGCAGCAAAGAAUAUCAGCAAGCAAUUUUCCAGGAGUGCAACGAAACCGGAAUCAAAUGGCACUUUAACCCACCUAAAGCUUCACAUUUUGGCGGCUUAUGGGAGGCUGCCAUUCAAUCGGCACAGAAACAUUUUGUUCGAGUUUUGGGAAACCGUUCACUAGCUCAUGACGACAUGGAAACACUAUUAGCGCAAAUUGAAUCCUGCCUCAAUUCGAGACCAAUCGUGCCUCUCAGUGACGAUCCUUCGGACUACAACCCACUAACACCAGGACACUUCUUGACGGGGUCAGCAUUGAAGGCCGUUCCUGAUGUCGAUCUGUCCACUGUGCCUUUCAAUCGCCUAAGACAGUGGCAGCAGACUCAAAAAAUCCUGCAGGAUGUAUGGAGAAGAUGGCACACCGAGUAUCUUUCAACUCUUCAGGCGAGAACGAAGUGGUGCAGUCCACCGGUACAGCUCGCCAAAAACCAGCUUGUUAUCAUCAAGGAGGAAAACUUGGCUCCCAUGCGAUGGCCAACUGGUAGGAUUCACGAACUGCAUCCUGGUCCGGAUGGCAUCACCAGAGUAGUUACACUACAAACACCACAAGGGAAAUUUACUCGUCCUGUUGCGAAGCUUUGUUUACUUCCCGUCGUGUCAUCGGAUGAAUCAAAUGCAGCAGAAGCAGAUCACCUGAAAUAA